CCACCCGCCUGGAGCUUCCGCGCAGGCGUAGAUUUGUUGAGCCUAAUAUUAAAUAUGAAGGCUUUGCAAACAGGAAAUCCACCCCAAGCAUCACAGAAAGAUUUGAAUGAAUCUUUUGAUUCACCAGUACCUGAAUAUUGUUGGUCUUUGACAACGGAAGGACAAAGGGUAUUAAGUGGAAAGAAUAUAAAGAUGGGAAACUCAAACCAAGCAUCACAUCAAGAUGUGACAGAGUCGCUUGAAUCAUCAGAACAUGACAGUCAGCGUCCUUUGAGUGUGGAAGGGAAAAGGGUUUUGGAAAGAGAGGAUUUGCAAGCAGGAUGCUCACAUGAAAAUCUGAUCAUGACACCUGACCCAGCAGGACCAGAAUAUCAUCAGGCUUUGGACAUGGAACAAAUAAGAACAGUUGACAGUGGGGAGAAGCCAUACACAUGUCCUGUGUGUGGACGAAGCUUCAGCCGAUCAUCCAACCUGUGGAAACAUAAAUGCAGUCACACCAGAGAGAAACCGUGGAAAUGUUGGGACUGUGGGAAGGGAUUUAUUUCGCCAUCCCAUCUGGAAAUUCAUUGGCGCAGUCACACUGGAGAGAGACCGUUCAUCUGUGCCGAGUGUGGGAAGGGAUUUACUUGUUCAUCCAACCUGCUGACACACCAGCGCGUUCACUCUGGGGAGAGGCCGUUCACCUGCUCUGAAUGUGGGAAAGGGUUCACCUGUUUGUCCAGCCUCCUGACACACCAGCGCGUGCACUCUGGAGAGAGACCAUUCAUCUGCACUGAUUGUGGGAAGGGAUUCACUUGUUUGUCCAACUUGCUGACACACCAGCGAGUUCACUCUGGGGAGAGGCCGUUCACCUGCUCCAAUUGUGGGAAAGGAUUCAUUCGGUUGUCUCAUUUGUUAAGGCACCAACGAGUUCACACUGAUGCAAGAUCUUUCAAUUGUCCAGACUGAGGGGAUACCAUUGCUGUUCUCAUUAAUGUGUUCAUAUUGACAUGAGCCCAGUCAGAUGUUCUUGCUGUGUUCAAGACCCAACCUAACUUCAUUUGUAGACAAUGAGUUCAUACUGAUGGAAGUUUUUAAAGUCCAGACUUACUGCUCAUCCUUAGUUGUCCUAAAUGCUGGCCCAGCCAACGGCAUCCUUACCCCAUGAGUAAUUUUGGAAAAAAAAACGUUGCCAGGAACUUUUAAAGCACAUGCCGCAAUCUUGACCUGAUGACCAUUGGUGUGUUCACGUUGUAAAGAGACCCAUUCAGUUGCUCUCAUUGUUGGACUGGGUUUAAACAAUUGUCUCACUGGGGAAAGGCCAUUCAUCUAUUCCUGGUGUGGAAAGGCAUUCACUCUCUCCUCCAACCAGCUGAGAUACCAGUGACUUCUCAAAUAACUACUGUGUUUGGAUUCUGCAUCCAGUACUAAAUAUUUGGGGUCUGUUUCUACUGAUAUCUGAAGCUCCAACCCAGAUAUAGGUGUUAAUAUUCUGGAUAAAAAAAUCGAAUAAAUCAGCUGUGUUAAGUGU